AUGGACUACUACUUCCAGUACACCGAAUGUGACGCCAUGGGGUCCCGCUGGAGAGUGGCCAUACCGUUCAACCCGGGCACCUGCUCGGGCCUGCCGCCCCCUAGCCAAGGGACCGAUUGCAGCUUUUCCUGCUCAGCCGGCAAGUACCUGGAGAUGAGUACGCAGUCGUGUACGCCGUGCGCGGCCGGUUCCUACUCGCUGGGUAGCGGUCUACGCUUUGACCAGUGGGACGCGCUCCCCACGGGGUUCCUCAGCAUCGCCAGCUUCCUCAACGCCAAACCGCCCAACGGCGACCUCGAAGCGUGUAACAACUCUACGUGGACGCCGCGGGGCGUGUACCUGGAGUCCAACCGGGACGAAUGCACCGUGUCGUUAGUGUACGUUGUCCACUUGGAGAAGCAAGGCUCCGUUUCCUUUACCUACCAGUACCUGGACAACAACAUGUUCUUUGAGUUCUACGUCCAGAACGAACAGUGCCAGGAGAUGAGCCAGAGUGAGGAGCAAAGGUGGAUCAAGGUCACCGGCAACGGAGAGUGGGGAACGCACACGAUCAACCUGUGGGCCGGUACCAACAUCCUCUACUGGAGAACCACUGGUGUUCUCGUAGGCGGAAAGAUGGUUAAACCCGUGCUCCUCAAGGACAUCACGAUUGAAGGCGUGGCCUACACCUCCGAGUGCUUUCCCUGCCGACCGGGCUGGUUCAGCGCUGGCGCCGGCUCGUCCUUCUGCCAGCCGUGCCCGAGCGACACCUUCUCCCGCAAGAAAGCCACUUCUUGCACCGCCUGCCCGGAAGGCCGCUACUCACUGGAGGGAUGGGCCGAGUGCAAAGCCAGGCCGCCGUGCACAGAGCGGGACUACUUCCAAGUUCACACGCCUUGCGACAGUGAAGGGAAGACGCAGGCAGUGUAUCGCUGGGUCCGACCCAAGAUCUGUGACGAGAACGCGACGGAUGCCGUGGCGCUGCCUCCGGCGGAACCGAGGGAACCGUGCCCGCCGUGCAACCCGGGCUUCUACAACAGCAACGACUCCACCUGCUCGCCGUGCCCGCCCGGGACGCGCUCGGAAGGCACCUACGCGUGCACGCCAUGCCCUUCGGGAACCGAGCCGGUUUUGGGCUACGACUACAGAUGGUGGAACGUACUUCCUGCCAACAUGAAGACGUCCUGCUUCAAUGUAGGGAAUUCCAAAUGCGACACCAUGAACGGUUGGGAAGUAGCGGGCGACCACGUCCGCAGCGGAGCGGGUUCUUCGGACAACGACUAUCUCAUCCUCAGCUUGCACGUGCCCGGAUUUAAAGUGCCGGCCUCGCUGUCGGGCAUGAGCGGCGGCGAGGUGGGACAGAUCACCUUCGAGUUCGAGACUGUAUGCGGCGGGGACUGCGAGUUCUACUUCAUGAUGGACGUACGCAGCAAGAGCACCACGGUGGUGGAGUCGUGGCAGGGCAGCAAAAGCCGGCAGUCGUAUUCCCACAGCAUGAGCAGGAAUGACUCGGUCACCUUUACGUGGGCGUUCCAGAGGACCAGUAACGCUCAGGACGUGCGUCGCUUGGUGUCUGACUACGCCAAGGUUUUCACCAUCCACGUGACCAACGUGCUAGAAGGCGUGGCCUCGGGCUGCCGGGCGUGCGCUCUGGUUCCCGAGAAUUCGCAACAGCCGAGCUCCUCCUGCGUGCCGUGCCCGCCGGGCUUCUACAUCCACGGCGAGACCAACCGGUGCCGGGAGUGCCCGCCCGGCACGCACCUGGCGGGACGCCACACCUACGGGCUGGAGGCGUGCCUGCCGUGCGGGCCCGCCAGCGUCAGCGACGAGGAGCAUUCCCGUUGUUACAGCGACUGCCUCUUCUCGCACACGAGCGACAACCGCACGCUAAGUUACGACCUGAGCGCGCUGAGCGACGUCGUCACCCUCACGCUCGACCCCAGCUUCACUACCAAAGGCACAAAGUACCUUCACCUCUUCAACAUCAGCCUGUGCGGACACCAGGGUAGGAAAGCGGCGGUGUGCAGGAACAACCUGACCGACUUCGGCGCCGCCUUCGGCAAAGACGAACGAGGCGGCGACGCCCCGGCCGAGGGAUUUCUCUGCCAAUCCACCGUCAUCCCGGCCGACGGACGCGGUUUCCGGACGCCCAUUUCCUCGCAGUCCGUCGUCCUGGCCGACACUUUCCUCGGCGCUACGGUGGACCGUUUUCUCGACGGCGUGAGCACCGACGCGGAGCUCUUCCCGAUGAACGCUAACAAUUUUCCAGAUAUUAACUUCUUCUACAGGUCGACGCAAGCGACGGCUUCCUGCGAUCAAGGCCGCAGUUCGGUCAUUAUCGUUCGCUGCGAUCCCCAAAAAUCUGAACGCGGGCAGAUCUCCGUGCCCAGCUCGUGUCCGGCAGGAACAUGUGACGGCUGCGCCUUCCACUUCCUGUGGGAAAGCGCUAGCGCCUGCCCGCUCUGCACGCAGGACGACUACCACCAGCUGGACGGCGCCUGCAAGGGUGGCGUCCAGGAAACCUUCUACCUAUGGAACGAGCCCAAGGUGUGCGUCAAAGGCGUCCCGCUUCCUCCCAGAAGCUCCGCCCCUUGCGCGUCCGUGGCACUGUGGCUCAAGCUAGGUGCCGGCGGCGGUGCCUUUUUGGCCGUGCUAUUGGUUACCAUCACCUGCUCUUUCUGGAAGAAGAACAAGAGGUUGGAGUACAAAUACUCUCGUCUGGUGAUGUCGGCCAACAAGGAGUGCGAGCUGCCCGCCGCCGACAGUUGCGGCCUGAACGAGGGCGAGGACCCCGACGACGACGACGACGACGUGUACACUCGGAAACCCUCCCUGCUGGGGAAGCUGCGCGCCAUCGCUAACAAAGUGCGAGGUCACAGCAGCGAGUCCGUGCAGCUGAACAGCUCCGAGGCGGACCACUGGGUGCUGGGGUAG